GCUGGCCGAGGGGCCCCAGGUCGCGGUGCCCGCCUGCGUGGGGCGCAGCGGUCUCGACGGGGCGGCCAUUGGGCCGCUAUGGCAGCGCACGGGAAGCUGCGGCGGGAGCGGGGGCUGCAGGCCGAGUACGAGGCACAGGUCAAAGAGAUUCGCUGGCAGCUAGGCGAGCAGCUGCGCUGCCUGGAGCUGCAGGGCGAGCUGCGCCGGGAGCUGCUGCAGGAGCUGGCUGAAUUUGCGAGGCGCCGCGCUGAGGUGGAGCUCGAGUACUCGCGAGGCUUGGACAAGCUGGCGGAGCGCCUUGCCAGUCGUGGGGGCCGCCUGGGCGGCGGGGCUCGAGAGCUGCAGAGCUUCCGGAAGGAGCCAUCCCUCCUGUCGCCCCUGCACUGCUGGGCCGUGUUGCUGCAGCACACGCGGCAACAGAGCCGGGACAGCGCGGCCCUCAGUGAGCUGCUGGGAGGGCCCCUGGCACAGCGGCUGAGCCACAUCGCCGAGGACGUGGGGCGCAUCGUCAAGAAGAGCAAGGACCUGGGGCAGCAGUUGCAGGAAGACCUCCUGGAAGUGGUCUCGGAGCUGCAGAUGGCCAGGAGGACGUACCAGGCAUACCGCUCCGAGAGUGCCAGCACAGAGGCCAAGCUCCGGGAAGCAGAGCGGCAGGAGGAGAAGAGGGCAGGCCGGAGUGCUCCCACCACAGCUGUCUCGGUCACCAGCCCGGGCAGCACCACCGAGGCCGGGCCUCAGCGCAAGAGCUCGCUCAAGAAGGGGGGGCGGCUGGUGGAGAAGCGCCAGGCCAAGUUCCUGGAGCUCAGACUCAAGUGCACCAAGGCGCGCAAUGAGUACCUGCUCAGCCUGGCCAGUGUCAACGCGGCGGUCAGCAACUACUACCUGCACGAUGUGCUGGACCUCAUGGAUUGUUGCGACACCGGCUUCCACCUGGCCCUGGGGCAGGCGCUGCGGAGCUUUGCUGCCGCUGAGAGCCGCAGCCAGGCCUCCCACAUGCAGGGCUUGGGCAGCUUGGAAGAGGCGCUGGAGGCCCUGGACCCUCCAGGGGACAAGGCCAAGGUGCUUGAGGUGCACGCUGUAGCCUUCUGUCCCCCGCUGCGCUUUGACUACCAGCCCCAUGAGGGCGAUGAGGUGGCCGAGAUCCAGGUUGAGCUGGAGCUGCAGGACGAGAUUGUGCCCAGGGCCCAGAACAUCCGGAGCCGCCUAGACCGGCAGACCAUCGAGACAGAAGAGGUGAACAAGACGCUGAGGGCGACGCUGCAGGCCCUGCUGGAGUUGGUGGCAUCGGACGAUGGGGAUGUGCCCGACUCCUUCCAGGCCAGCCCGUCCACAGAGUCCCUCAAGUCCACAGGCUCAGACCCAGGCGGGCGGCAGGCAGGCCGGAAGCGGGGCCAGCAGCAGGAGACAGAGACCUUCUAUAUCACGAAGCUGCAGGAGUACCUGAGCGGACGCAGCAUCCUCGCAAAGCUGCAGGCCAAGCACGAGAAGCUGCAGGAGGCCAUAGGGCGAGGCAACAGGGAGCAGCAGGAGAUGUCGUGGACCCAGUACUCACAGAGAAAACUCCAGAAGAGCCGCCACCCACGCCCCAGCUCGCAUUAUAAUCAGAGACUCUUUGGAGGGGAUAUGGAGAAGUUCAUCCAGAGCUCAGGCCAACCCGUGCCUUUGGUGGUAGAGAGCUGCGUCCGCUUCAUCAACCUCAAUGGUAAGCCACUCCUGCCCUGGUACCCCAUCUUGAGGGAGGGGACCCUGCCGCCCAGCCCCGUAUCCUCCGCAGGCCUCCAGCAUGAGGGCAUCUUCCGGGUGUCCGGUGCCCAGCCCAGGAUCACAGAGAUCCGAGAUGCCUUCGAGAGAGGGGAGGACCCUUUGGUGGAGGGCUGCACACCCCAUGACCUGGACUCAGUGGCUGGCGUGCUCAAGCUCUACUUCCGCAGCCUCGAGCCCCCGCUUUUCCCUGAGGACUUGGUUGUGGAGCUGCUGGCGUCUGCAGAGACCGAGGCUGUGGCCGAGCGCGUGCAGCCCGUGGGCCGCCUGCUGUCGCGGCUGCCAGACUCAGUGCUGGUGGUGCUGCGCUACCUCUUCACCUUCCUCAACCACCUGGCUCAGUACAGCGACGAGAACAUGAUGGACCCCUACAACCUGGCCGUGUGCUUUGGGCCCACUCUGCUGCCUGUGCCCAGUGGGCAGAACCCAGUGGCCCUACAGGGCCAUGUCAACCAGCUGGUGCAGACGCUCAUCCUGCAGCCUGAGCAGGUCUUUCCGGCCCUGGACGCGCUGCCUGGCCCGGUCUACGAGAAGUGCAUGGCGCCACCCACUGCUGGCUGCCUGGGGGACACGCACUUGGACAGCCUCACGGGGGAUGCUGAGCCGGAGCUGGAAGGCACCACGUCGGCUCAGGAGGAUGGUGAGGGGGCGCAGGGCCUGCCCUGCCCCACUCCCGGUGCCCAUGCCCCCCGCGUGCACCCUCUCUCCUCCACAGACCUGGAGGCAGUGGCCUGCUUUGGGUACACGGGCCGCACGGUGCAGGAGCUGAGCUUCCAGCGCGGGGAUGUGCUGAGGCUGCACACACGCGCCUCGAGUGACUGGUGGCGUGGGGAGCACUGUGGCAUCCGCGGGCUCAUCCCACACAAGUACAUCACACUGCCCGAGGGGCUCGAGCCAGGCACCCCACCUGAGACCAUGAGCCCCUCUGGCCACAGACGACCCUGCUUGGUGACAACCUCCCUGGAGCGACAUGUGGAGUUAGAUAAGGCUGUAACACAGAACAUGGACUCGGUGUUCAAGGAGCUCUUGGGAAAGGCCACCAUGCGCCAGGCGACGACCACUAGCCCUGGGCCGCACAGCCCAAAGCCCCCAGCCGGUGGUGGUGGUGGUGGUGGUGUGCCCGGCAGGAACAAAACCUUUGCCCGUGGGCCCUUGGGCCCAGCUUUCCCCUCUGCUUCGCAUCUGCAGGGCCCAGACUUGGCCCCCAAGCCACACUGAGGGAGGGGAUCCGGGGGCUGCCCCCUCUCCCCAGGGCCCCUGCUUAUCCCCACCCCGGCUCUGCCUGGGGCUGGCCAGUGCGUGAGUCAUAAAGCCCUGUGCACCAUUC